ACCUUCGCUAUGAGAAAGCACAGGUUGUAAAAGGCCAGCCCUGGCUCCUUGCUCCAUGGUUAAAUAUUGAUGAUAUUGGGAAUUAGAGACCUGGAGUGGGCACACCACAUAUUCCCCUGCAGUGCUGGAACCCACAGACCGCAGGUUCUCUGCAGCCCAUUCUCCUGCCCGUCCAGAGGAUCUGGAUGUAUUCUCUUUACUUGAAGCCAACAUGUAACAAAGAAAGAACUGGGCUCAUGGUGCUUUCAGAUUGUGAAAGUCAGGUGGCGCUUGUUUGCACUCUGAGGCCACUCAUUCAAGAGGUCAGUCACCCCGGAGUGGUAGAGAAGGCUCUAGGCCUGGGCGUGUGCUAAGGGCAGAGCUACCAGAUGAGCCCAGCUGCCGCAGGCUCUCCAGGCACUGUCUCCUAAGUAACAGCUGUGACUGCCUGGGAGAGCUCAUGUGCAAAGACAAUCCUGUUGUCCCAAUAAGAGGAGGAAGAGGAAGAUACAGAAAUCGGUGCAGCUCCCAACAGCAGAUCAAGGCAGUCCCCAGGAACUCAGGACCCAGGGGGUCUUAGGGCUUUCUGCCAGAACCGAGGAGGCCAGGAGAGCUGCUGGGGCUAAGGGCCUAAGGACCUCAUUGCCAGCGGCUCACACCACCAGGAGCAGGGGCAUGGAGCAUAGUCAGGUGGCUCCCGGAGCCCCAGCCGGUACUGUGGUGCCCCAGGAGCUGCUGGAAGAGAUGCUUUGGUUUUUUCGUGUGGAAGAUGCAUCUCCCUGGAAUCAUUCCAUCCUUGCCCUGGCAGCUGUGGUGGUCAUGAUAAGCAUGGUCCUCCUGGGAAGGAGCAUCCAGGCAAGCAGAAAUCAAAAGAUGCAGCCACCAGAAAAAGAAACUCCGGAAGUUCUGCAUUUGGAUGAGGCCAGAACCAAGGAUCACAGCAGCCUAAACAACCUAAGACAGACUUUGCUCUCAGAAAAGCCAAACUCGGCCCAGGUGGAACUCGAGUUAAAAGAGAGAGAUGUGCUGUCAGUUUUCCUUCCAGAUGUACCAGAAACUGAGAGCUAGUGAAGGUUCAGAGAAGCCCCACCCUAAGCCAGGCACACGAUCUGGGCUCAGCUCAGCGGCCUGAAACCUCAGACUUUACAGCCUCUCCCAAGCACAGUGCUUUCUUCUUCUUCUUUUUUUAAAGUAGAUACAAUGAAUGAACUGCAAGCAAACUAAAAUUCUGUUAUUAAAAAAAUCUUUUAUUAAAAUGCUCCUGGAAGUGA